AUGUCUCUUUGUGGUACCCCUAGCUUCGUCGCAGGCAACGAAGACCUCGACCUCCAUCAUCUUUUCGCAUUCACGAACAACCCUGGAGCUGUCAAAAAGGAAACUUCGCAAUCGCCUGACGACCUUCCGGCUGUCCCCCGCCUCGCUUCUCCUUUUGCUGGGCCUUGUACGGAUAUUCAGGUCCAGCCCGUCGGUUGGCCAUCGCCUGCUGCUGAUGGCUCUGCUGACUGCCUUGAAACUUUCAACUUCAACGAUUUCCUCGCUCUCGAUGAGGGUAAUGAUGACCUCUUGGUUGUGGUAGAGCAGUGUUUCUCACCGCCGCCACCUGAGACUACUAAAGUUUCCACCACUUUUCCAGGUCACAUCAAUACCACCACCGAGCAUACUGAGAAGGUGUCAGUAGCUACAGAGCUGGAUUUUGCACAAGCGGAAAUCGCACAGCUGAAGGCUGCACUGGCGGUCGAGAGUCCUCAACACAAGCUUCUCACAGCACCCGCAGGUCAUCUCACCAGUAGCAGUCCACGCAAGCGGAAGUCCAUCAGUGGUGAAGUUUCUCCAUCCAAGAGGCUUUCCUCAACACAAAUGGGUCCGAUAGAAGCUAUGUGGUCAUCUGGCGUCACCGAGGAUGAGCGGCGCGCGUUUCGGGAAAACUUUGCUUCACCGACGACUCCAUCACCACAAGCUCACCUCGACUUCACUCCGCAAGCCGCUGCGGCCUAUAUAAGGAGACAACGAGACUUCGAGAUCUCGCCUGAAGAUUUGCUUUCCAUGCAACAAUUCCUCCGUGACAACAACGAUCUCAUCCACAGCACUUCACAGCAAGUGUCCAUAUCCACCACCACCCCGAACGCCGACAUGGCACCAUGCCCAGGCAAUGUGAAGGCUAACCGUACAGCUCGAAAACAUGCUCCAAGAUCUUCUGCCAAAGUCACCACCGACCCCGCGGCCAAAAUAACCAAGAAAAAGAAGGUCGCUCCCAGGAAGACAAAACACAAGCUUGCCACCUCUGUCACUGCGUUGCCAACAACUCCACCAGAGGCACUUGCUAUUCAUCGUGGCAUAGAAGAGCUCCUUGCUCUCAAUUUCUACAGCCUCAACGAGCAAGAGAAGGGUCGUGUUCUUCUUCCUAUGCUUCGUGGCCUCGAUCCCAAAGAGCUAGAGGCUUCUCUUGCUCAGCUUCCAUGCAUCCAAGCCAAAGGCCCUGGUCACCACGUUCGUGUCGCUCGAGCUAUCCGCAACUCGCCACCAACACCAGAAGCGGAUGCUGACCUCGCGGUCAAACUUACAACGGGAACUCCACCCUCGCCAACACCCUUCAUCAAGACCUUUCACUCGUCUUCCCCUGCCCCUGAAGCUUCCCCCUCAUUCAAAGAAGUUGCGGCUGGUUUCGAAAUGAAUGAGGAUCACGGUACUGUUCGUCAACGCGAAGCGCUCGAGAAGGCUGCAUUGCUGCAGGCGCAUGGUAAAAAGCGCUAA